UACAUUUAAAAUUGUCUUUGAUUUUGAAGAGAAAGGAACACAAAAACCUUGAAAGAUCGAUUCCUAAUUUUUUUGGAUUCUCUUAAAUAAAAACAUCAGAUUGAUUCUUUCUAAUUUGAUUCAUCUUCUUCGACUAAAAUUAUUGCAAAAGAAAAAAAAUAAUCAGAGCUGGACAAAUGUUGUGUGGGCUCACGGUUCACUUUCUCUUGAGAAUAAAGUUUCAGAUCUAGUUUUUGUUUUGCCUGAGUUAUCGUCCGAGCAGCAACAAGAAAAGUGAGCAAUCUUUCACUCCCGUCAGCGCAGCGGUGGGUUUCUGACAAGCAACGCGGCAGUGACGCAUCCACGGUGGCUGGGACGUGUGUUGCAGAGCGACGGAGUUAUCCAACUUGGGAAAGGAUUAGGAUUAGGAAAGGAUUAGAGCUGUUGAAACCGGUGAAGAUAUCAGUAUCAACUUGGGUCCUCUUGAGGAGUUAUCCAACUUAUUCAAAGCUGAUCUGCUUCUUUGUGAAUCCGGUGGAGGUGAGGUUUCAGUUCUUUUACCUGCGUGUGUCUUUGAUUCAGGUCAGUUCAAGGAGCUGAAAUCGAUACUUCUCCUCCGUUCGGGUCAGUUCAAGAAGCUGUGACCCGAUUCAGUGGUCAUGGUUCUUGGGUUCCUUUCAAGCUUGAAGACAGUUUCUUUCAUGAUUUCUGUUGAGGGUGGAGGUGAGGUUUCAGCAGAGAGCUUGCUGACUAUAUCAUCUACAUCAUCGAUGUAUCCGCUGGUGAUAAAAUACCCCGUAAAGGUGGCCCUGGCAUAUUUGUUACAUACACAAUUACGGAAAGCCCCCUCCUUCAAGAGGCAGCGAAGUGAACGUUCGAUUCCGACAGCGGCGAGAAAGAGAAAGAGAGAGAAAAUGACUAAGAAAGCUCCCAAUUCAGGGUUAUCGCGGCCUUUGUCUCUGUCGUGCAGUGGAGGCUUUCUUGUAGAGCAAAGUUUACAGAACAAAGUUUUGGUUUUUACCUGGAACGUAGAUUUAGCUGUGAAGUCAAGUGAAAGUGUGAGAAGGUCUACAAGACUGAGACUUCAGCCGUUGAGAAAGCCAAAUAUAAGCCAGAGGAAGAAACCUGUUAAACUUUGUUCCAAGAUGCCUAAGCAACCUCCCACUGCUUUCUUUUAUUUCUUGGAGGAUUUCCGGAAGCAAUAUCAAGAGCAGAAUCCGGAGGUCAAGUCCAUGCGCGAGAUUGGGAAGUCAUGUGUAGAGAAAUGGAAAACAAUGAUAUACGAGGAAAAGGUAAAGUAUUA